CAGGUAGUAUUGAAGAUAUAACGAUUAUCAUUUAAAUUAAAAGAACAUUGGAAAUAUCGACAUAUUGAAUCAAUGUAACCAUCAAUAUUAACAUAGGAUUACUCUGUAAUGUGAAACCAUUAAAUGGAAUACUAAAUUAACUAAGCUUUGAAUGAAGGUGUGGCUAUGUUUUUUUUGCGUGCUAAAAUAAUUUCAGGUGUUUUUUUUUAAAUGCAAAAAAGACUUGAAGAAGUCUUCAGGCCAUAUAAUCUUAUUGCCAAUAUAUAAGAACAACUCAAUGGCACUUAGCCAUAAUGCAUUUAGACUGAAUUAAAGACAAUCGACAGAUACUGUAUAAUUUGAUUUGUAUGCUGUUGCGGACAAUUCAUAUACUGACAAGAUUUUAAUAAUAUGGGCUCGUGAUAACUGGUUAAAUGGCGACAACAAAUGGAAAGCCUUUACAAACAAAUCUUGCCACAGAAGCUAUCAUUUUUGUGUAGCUGUGUAGUUUUAUUGAAAAACCAGCCAUUUCAGUGAAGAAUUGUCAUUUUCUCGUUACCAAGUCCGUGUGGAGACUGCAAAUGGAUGUAUUUUGAACUUUUAUCUACAUUUUGUUUAGCUGAUUGUCUAUGGAUAAGCUAUCAUGGAUUUAUUUCCACCAAUUGUUCAAGUUCAUCAUGUAAACCUCAGAGGCAAUGCUAAAAGGAGUCACAUCUGUGGAGCCAAUACAAGAUGAAUCUCUAAAGGGAGCCAAUAUGCAUCCACUGCCCACAGCCCACACCAGCUUUAGCCCAGGCAUACGGACGGACGAUGACAUAACGGCGGCCGUGGCACAUUUCCUCCACACAGAGGGCACUCAUCUGCACGGUCAAAACUGGCAAGACACAACUGCAGAGGUCACAAAAUGGCUGGCCUUGCAGAUACAGAAGGAGCGAGAAGGCUGGAGGCAAAAGACGCGGGCAGCCAUGUCGGAGAUCGAGAGUCAUCGGAAGGAGGUUUUAAAGUACCAGAAGAUCAUCCAAGAAUGCACAGACCAGAUGAAAAUUGUGGCAGAGUGUUGUAAUCUCCCAGAGGAAACUAUGGAGCAGAUUUUGAAUGAGGAGCCCCGGCAGGCCUUGCCCAUGUACAUAGAAUGCCUUACUGAGACACUGAGUUCUCUUAUGGAGGACAGGAUAAUGUGUCUGCAGAUCUUACGGGCAGAUGGCCAGAACAUGAGCACUAGUUUACCCAACCUGCUACGGGCUUACAUCGAAGCACUGAAGCAUCAUGCAGAGCGUGCCCAUAGAGAGGCAAAAUCGAGGCUGGAUUCGUUGGAGUCUGCAAAUAAACAGAGUGUGUCGGAGAUCUCCAAGAUGAGGAAGCAGAUCUCUAAGAAACAUGAAGAGGUUGAGAAACUUCAUUUAAAACUACAGGAAAUCAAGGAUGUGACAAUGAAGAAGGUGUCAGAGCUCAACACGGAUAGGUCUUCUAGAGACUUUGACGACCAGAUUUCACAAACAGAAGCUCCAUCAGCCCUCAACAACAAAACCAAAAAGCACCAUGGCAAUGGGGAGCAAGAAGGAACCUCUCCCUCUUCUCUAUACAACGCUCCCACACCUUUGCCAAAGAUUGACCAGAGAAGCAUUCAAAUAUCGGCUGAAAGGUUGGCAAGGUUACGUCACAGUGCCAAGAAACUGGAGAGCUCUUUACAGGAUGCUCUCUCUCAGAUGGAUACCUUCAGGAAGGGAAUGCAACCAACGAAAAUCACGCAAUCCAAUCUGUUUGGGACACCAAAACCUUUUGGAACUUCGCACCUGCCAGAUAUGCCACAAACCCUUAAAAAAGAAAUGAAGCUAUUGCCGUCACCCAUGCACAUGUGGUCCACAAAGUUUGAGGUGAGCGGUCCACGAACACAAGACGCUGAAAUAGAGCUUAUCAAGCAACUGGAGCGGGAGAAGGAGGAGAAGAAGAGGAAGGCAAAGGAGAAAAGAAGAGAGGCAAUUCAGAAGAGCCAAGAGAGGAUUCUGAACAGUCAAGAGGCGCCGACAUUUCGCUCGUUGAUGAAAUCCCUUGAUGAGGUGAAGAAGAACAAAGGGAAGAGUUUUAAGCCUGUGGGUCAGGUGACCAAGUGUUUGAGAUGUAACAAGCUGUUCACGUUAAAUGACAAUCACAAGAAGUCGUGUAAUUACCACCCAAAAGGCAAGGAGCGGAUUGAGCAAUAUUCUGAUCGUGGAAAGCUCGUUAAGGUCACUUAUGUGUGGAAGUGUUGCAUGUUGGGACCCGAUAAUCCUGGCUGCAGCUAUGGGCAACAUGUAUGAAAGUGACCUGAUAGCUUCAGAAAUUAUUUAGUUAUUAUUAGAGAUGUUUGUGUUUGUUUGUAUGGCAAACAGGUCAUAGGUCAAUAUAUAUAUAUAUAUAUAUAGUAAAUACCGUAGUUGAGGGCAAGAUGUAUGAAAGUGACCUUGAAGCUGCAGAAGUGAUUAAGUUAUUAUUUGAGAUGUUCUAUAUUUUUCUGUAUAGAAAAUCAUUCAUUAAACUGAUUAUCAAGGCUAUAGUUACAUGGGACAUGACCAUAAAUGGGACUUCGAAGUUAUUUAAUUAUUAUUGACAUAUUGAUUUGUAUGCUGCAUGGUAGAUUUAACAAAAUUAUUUCACCGUUAUCGUGAUCAUGACUUUUUAUAAAUCCUCCUUUUAAACUUUAUUUUUUGUAACUUAAAUCUUUCAUCUUAGAAACUAUCUUUUGACACUUAAAAGCUUACUAGUGGAUAUCUGUUUUAAUUAAAUCUAAAUUGCCUGAUUAGAUCACAACAAUAGUUUGCAUGGACACUAUCAUAAACCAUACAGGCAAACACAGAUCACUCUACCUUUUUGUUUGUCCAGGGAAUCAAAGUGUAUCAUUUUAAUGUUACAACUAUUUGUGGUAAUACGAAAGAAACAUAAACCUAAUUAUUGGUCCGCUCAUUUAUUGAUAUACGCUUCCCCAUUCCACAAAUGUCAAUCAUAUUUAAAUAAGUCUGCAUUUAUAUAACCCUAUCAUCUCACUUGGACAUAACAUGUCCAGUAGUUUAAACUAUUUUAUACAAAAGAGCAUGUGCAUUUUGUUUGUGAUUUGUUGAUGCUUAAAUAUUCAAAUGUAUUGAUAUAUAAUAUAUCAUAUUUAUCAUGUAUAGCGCUUUGUUAUUUACCACAAGGUUUCAAAUUGAAAAGUUCACGCGCAUUAUAAAUUGCUACAAGGCUAUCACGGCUGCUAACUUGCGAACAAUUCAACAAAAUUAAUAUAAUUAUGUAUUGAGGCCAGUCAUAACAUCAUAAUAUGCCCGAUUGCACACAUGACCAGAGGAGCAUACACUUUUAAAUAAAAAAAUAUUAUUUUUGUUCUUUCUUAAGCCUUGACCACGUAUUUUGAAGCAUUUGUAGUCUCAUAGAAAGUUACAUUUAUUUAAAGACCUUUCUUACUAAAUACAAGUUUAAAGGCUUCAUUUCCAACCCAUAGAUACUCAGCAUGCUGAGCACCAAAACAGCAUAAAACCUGAACACACUGUGAGUUACUUGCAGGCUGUUCUGGUUUCAUGCUGUUUGCCCAUAGCCAUUUUUACUAUGCUUAUGAGUGGGAAAAGGUUAAAUAAGUGUUGUUGUUUUACAUUAAUUUAUCUUUGAGUUUGAUUCUUUCAUAAUGUUAUUUGUUACUUUUUUGUUCUUUUGUCUUGAUGGAAUAAAUGUUCAACCACU